AUGAAAAUCGGAACCACUUUAGAUUGUCUGUAUAAGGACCGACCCGACUGCGUUUCUCUCUGCAGUUUCCCUUCCUUGAAAGCCAGAAUGAUGAAAGUUGAAGGCAAGCCCGGCAUGUCGCCGCUGGAGCGCUGGACCAACCGCUGGGACACCGGCAGCCUUCCCUGGCAGCGUGACCACCUGUUUCCACUCCUGGCGAAGCAUCAAGACGUUAUUCUAGCGGGAAAACAGGAUGCACAGGUCUACGUUCCAAUGUCUGGGAAGGCUCCAGAGCUAAAGUGGUUCUACGACAAGGGUCAUCGCGUCGUCGGUGUGGAGUUUGUCGAAUCGGCUGCCAGGGGCAGUUUAGUCGACAUUGGCCUUCCUCUCGAAGAAGCCGAGUGCCCUGUACUCAAGUGCAAGAUAUUUCAGACUCCGGAUAAGAGGUUCCGAAUAUUUGUCUGCAAUGUGCUCGACUUUAACAAAUCGUGUGCAGGAGAAAUGGACAUUGUGUGGGACAUAGGAGCCUUGAGCUCAAUUAAGGAGUCGGACAGAGACAGAUAUGUGGCCGUGAUGAAGUCGCUGCUGGCACCGAACUUUUCCUACGGUUUGUGGUCCGUAGUUUAUGAUGGUCAAAUAUCAAGAGUUUUUUGCAGGAGUUUGCCGGAGGCAGUCAUUCGGAAGCUAUUUGGGGAAGGAAUAAAGGUGCGUCUCGUCGACAAAAAUGAUCCGAAGACCCCUGAUUUCUGCACGUCCCCGGUCACGGGUCACCUGUGGCACCUGACGGAGUGA